AUGGACGAUAUUCAACAAGAGGGGGCGGAAAAGUAUCCCAAUUAUUUUGCUGCUUCGUGUGGAAAACGUGUCAUUGGUUAUUAUAUAGAAUGGGAAAAUGCAGAAGUUUUGGAAAAGCAGCUGAAAAAGCUGACUCAUGUUAUUUAUCUUUUCGUUAAUGUUCAAGAAGACGGAAUAAUCAAUGGGACAAAUGAUCGUGCAGAAAACAGAUUCUUGGAGAAAAGAUCAUCUGUGCAGCAGGGAUUAGAUCAUCAUGAUCCAGAUGUUGACGCCGUUUCCACUAUUGGAAUCAGCAUUCAAGAGUCUGAAAAUGUAACAAUUUGA